GUGCCUUGUAGCCAUCGACGUCACAUAGUUUCACAAAUUGUUUCAAAAUGGCGAACUACGGAGAGAAUGGUGGGUUUUGGAAUGCCCCAAAAGUACAAUACAGUCAACAAACGCAUAGUCUUCUAAAAGAAAUGAUGCAGGAGUCUAAACUUACAAAUUUCCAGCAAAGACACUUAGAAAAACAAUUACAAGGAGGUGGGAGCCUUCCAGUGACAUGCAAUCCGACAUCCAGCGCUAAAAAGAAGCAGCCAAUUUCUCCAAAGAAACUUCCUAAGGUCCUUAAUCCAAAGAAUUACCACAACAACAUUCGCACCAAGGAGGAUAUAGAGGCGUCUGGGGCCUAUGAGAGACCCAAGUAUGAACCAGGACCUUCUCACUGGUCUAAGAAUUCUGAGAAGGAGAAGGAGAAGCUUGCUAACAUGAUGGCGUUUGGACAGGACAUAGACCCCAAUCUAGAGCGACUACGGAGACAGCAGGAGUUGAGGGACAUGGACUUGGAGGAACCACGCCCUGUAGACAGAUUUGAUGAAUUACAAGAAGAGAUUGAUGAGCGAAGGGAGUUCUUGCGUGAUAUGGAGGCAGUAGGACAGGGGGAGAAAUAUCGCUCACUCAUCGAGACACAGAUCUCACAAGCAAUUCGAGAAAUGGAAUUGAUAGACAAAAAAAGAACAAAGGAAUUGGAAGAACUUUUAGCUAAGGAAAAUUCCAAGAGAAAAUGACGCUUAUUUCCAAUUGAAAAUCAAGACCAACAUGUUAAUAUGUUAAACAUGUAGUGAGAUGGUAAUAUUGUGCUGAACCCCCCUGUAUCAAGCCAGAGAAACCUAAUCCAAUGUUUGUUGUAAAAGUACGGAGUGGCAUUCUUAUUUGUAACCUCUAUUUACACAUCAAAUAUGAAGGUCAGGUGUUGGUACAAUUGCCAUUGUGUUUCAGCGGUUUCAUAUUAACAACUUCGCAACAUAUGUACUGUUGUAGUUUUGCAUGGAUUCUGCUCUUGCCUGACAGUUGCGUUUGUGCGGCAGUAUUUCAGUACGUUGUAUAUGACAUGUGUAAACUAGAUGAAAGUCUAAAAGCUCAAUAGAAGAAAUUUUGCUAGGGAAAUAAAUGUUUGAAAUAGAAUGUUAGUCAAUUUUACUUGGUAACAUUUUUUGGCAGUCUUGAAACAUGAUGAUGUUAAAAAAGCUUCACAGAUAUAUCACAUGUUGACAUGUUGAUUUUCUUUGAUAUCAGCAGUACAUAUAGUUGGUAACUACCAUUUUCAAUACUAUCAUUGAUCAUGCAAUUUUCAAAAAUAACAUAGUGCCUAUCAUGAGGAGACUGCGUGUUGCAUCACCCAGCUUAUUACCUCAAAGGUCAAGGUCAAACUUUCAAGUUAAAUGCGGUCAUAAACAGCUUGUUUUGACAUCAGCAGAGUUUUAAGCAUCUGUGCCCUUGGGUCACUUCUCUUGUGUUAUUUCUGCAAUUUGUUUUUAUAUAUAAAUAUUUGGAGGGUUGGGCUUUAACAUUUGUCUACAUAGUUCUAUGAUAUUUUAUUCAGUGUCUCUUCCUUGGUCGUUGAGUCUCCUUCAUUUAUUUGAUCUUUUUUUUAUAAUCUGUUCCAUGUUGCUUAUUUGUAUAAGACAUUUUGUGUUCAAACAUUUUCUGUAUAUAUACAUAUGUGUUGUUGAAAUAAAUCUUUACCAGGUGUGUGGUUGUAAAACUGUGACAGUGUGUCUUAUAUUGCAUGAUUGAUUCGUUAACAAAAUCAGACCAUUUUGAAUCAUG